AUGGCCUUGGCAGAGGGUGACGCGACUGCGUGGGCUGGAGUGUGCUCCAAGCUUGUUUCUCACUAUUUGGAUCACAUCCAGCCGGCAAUCGAUCAGCUUGCAGCUCGCGAGUGCCACUACUUUGCAGACCUGGAUCCGACUGUGUUGCCGGAGGACGGUGCGUUUGGAGAACAUCGCCUGGAGAGAAUGCAAUCGUUCCUCCAGUUCCAAGACUUGGUAGCACAUGCUGUGGACCAGUGGUGCCGCCAAGCCAAUGUCGGAGAGGACCUUCUCCACCAAGCGCUGAAGGAAGCAGCAGCACAGACCCAAGCAGACCAAGAAACGAACGGCACCAUCCUGCUGGAGCUUUUAGCCUCUGCAGAUGAUUUCGGCACCUUUGCUGCGUACAUGGCGGGCGAGGCGAAGAGCUCCCUUCGUGGUGGCUAUGCAGGUUUCGGCAGGUGCGCGUUCGACGCGCGCGACGCGGGCGGGCGAAUGCUCUUCAUAUUCCUGGCCGGCGGCCUCUUGAGCUGCGAGGCCUACGUGAAACAUGAGGAGAUGCAAAUCUCCGCCAACGGCGUGAUGAGAAGACACCAGGAGGCGGCCCUUCACCCGAUGACUCUCAUCACAGAGGAUCCCAGUGAUUCCUCGUCGGAUUCCACCACCGAAGCGACGACCACCACCGCCGCCGAAGCGACGACCACCACCGCGGCGACCACCACCACGACCGCGGCCACGACCGCGACGACCGUGGCAACGACCGCGGCCACCACAGCAGCAACGACAGCAGCAACAACAGUGGCCAGCUCCACCGUCACCACAACCACAGUCACGGAGACGACGACGACAACGACGACGACCGCCACAACGGUCACGACGACCACUGCAACGACAACUAGCAUGACGAACACUAGCACCAGCAACCCUCCGAACAAUGCAUCGCUACCAGGCGAGGUGCCGCCCAAGCCGGUGGUCGUCUCAGCAGCCAUAGGUGCCGGGGACAUCGGCGACGCACUUGUUCGAUGGCGAAAGGGUGUGGGGCAACGUUUUGGGCGUCGAUUUGGGUGUGUAUCAGACUAG